UUAUAUAUGUAGGGAAACUGUUGGAAAAGUUUUCGUGAAAACCUCGAGAACCAUGGGCGAGGUUCGGACGUGCGUGAUCUUAUUAUUUGUUCUACUGCAUGUUAUUCAUGCACAAUCAUAUUUCGAUUCGUUCAUAUGUGACUUUUUGUGCGGAGACGAUGAUAGCUCCGGCUUCUGUGAAGAUUGUUCCUCAGAAGAAUCCUCCGAAUCCACAUCAACCAAGAAACCUACAAGUUCCGGGCCUAUAACUCCCACGCAAAAUAUUAGUAUAAAAAUACCCGCAUCUCAAGGAACAGUUUUAGACAUUUUGAACUGGAACGGUCUAUGGUCAGUAAGCGUAGAUGCCCAGAGUAAACCAUCAGCCUCUUCACCUCCCCCUGGAGAAGCUUCCACGACCCCAAAGUCCACUGCUGCAUCAGAAUCUACCACUGGAGCAUCUACAACUGCUGCGGCUAGACGAUAGAUAUCGAAUCUGAAUGUUUAAAAUUUAUUAUUGUAUAAUUAAUAUGGAAAAAGGUGCAAUAUUUCUUGUACAUUACGUACAGUUAGUUAGUCAUUUGGUAGGUUAAAGCUGUAGUAGGUUUAUAUCAUGGUAUAUAGUCAUAUAAUUAAAUAUUUUAUCAUAAUAAAAUAUUAUUUUCGAAACAAUUCGACUUAAAGUCCUUCAAGGAAAAGGUGAACUAUUUUGUAAAAAGGCUGACACUCGUAAGCCCUUUGGCAUUGAGAGUGUCUAUCGGUGGUAUCACUGAACAUCAGGUGAGCCCACUGUUCUAUAAAAAAAUCAAUACUCUGAUACUAUUUGCUACAAACUUUAUUGUAGGCACUACGGAUAUUGUCGCUCAAAGGAUUUUCUAAUAAAAUAAUGACCUAAUGGAAAUUAAAAAUGUAAAAUUAAA